CACUGGGCAUAUAAUAUGUUCUUGAGUUCAACUACUUAUGUGGGUGGGUGUCGACUGUCGAGUGAUGACACUGUUAAACUGUUUAUGUUAUGAACUUGUUACUUGUUAGUUACUUGGAAUUCUAUGCUUAUAACUAUUUAGAUAAUAAUAUCUUACUAUAUCUCAGUUUAUAGUGAGUAGUGGCAAUUAUAUUUUCAUAUUGUAAUAUUUUAGUUACAUGAGUAACCAUUAUUAUUAUUAGAAUUACUAUUAAUUGAAUAACUUUGAGUUUUUAUUUUAAUUAAAAAAAUGUACCACGGCAUUUAUUAAACUUAAAACAAUUUAUGAAAUUACUUUUAUAUUCAUUUUAUUGAUAAAUUAAAAAAAAUUUCAAUUAUUUAAUUUAAAAUGUGUUCUAUUUCAAAUAAAGUAUGGAAAAAUACUGUAUGUAUAUGGGAGCUAAGUCGAAAAAGAAACGUUUCUAUGAUCAGUCGACUAUGUACAGCUGCAGUUACAAGCUCUGAACAACAGGAUGACGAUAAAUCAUUAACUAAAGAAAAGGCUCAUGCAUUAGUAAUAAACCUGACAAAUGAAGAGAGAGAUAAUUUGGCUUGGUGCUUAAAUCAUUAUGAAUCGGAAGAGACCAAAGCAGAAUAUCGAGGUCAAUUGGCAGGGUUCAGAUGGCGUUCAAAAUUUGGACGUCCUAGUAAAGUACCUGAAUUAGGAGAUGUAGAUCCAACAGGCUCUUACUGCCCAUUGCCAGAAGAAUGGUUACUAAAAAAAUAUGAAGAAACUAACACGGAGACAGUACCAGAGCCAACUAGAGCACAAUUAUUUAGAGUGGGAUUACAAAAUGCUAUUCCUUUCAUUAUGUUUGGAUUUUUGGACAACUCUGUGAUGUUAAUAUGUGGUGAAUCAAUUGAAAGAACAGUUGGUGCUGUAAUUACAAUAUCGACAAUGGCUGCAGCUGCUAUUGGUAAUACUUUUUCUGAUAUACUUGGAAUUGGCUCUUCAUAUUAUGUGGAACAAUUGGUAAUCAAACUUGGUUUAAAACCUCCUAAUCUAACACCUAUUCAAUUGGAUAUGAAGUGUAGUAGACGAGCUGCUAAUUUAGGAAGAACACUCGGAGUUACUCUAGGUUGCUUUUUGGGAAUGUUUCCAUUACUUUUAAAAAAAGAUGAAGAAUCUAAUGAUGAAAAGUCUGAAGAGGAAGAAGAUGAAAAAUAAAAAAAAUAUUAGAACAAACAAUAUUUAUUUUCACAGGUUAUAAAUAAGUUUUAUUCUGACUGAUCCCUUUAAAUUAUUAUAAUAUAGAAUGCAUUAUUUACUCAGUAUAAUCGUUAACAGUAAUUAUAUUCUUGGAUAUUUUCUUUUAUCUGAGUGUGAAGAAUUAAUCUAAUUUUAGCGUCUGUUCAAUCUUAAUGUAGGUACUGCUUUAUUUAAAAUUACUAAACUGUAACAUCUGUAAUAUAUCUAUUUUGAUAUUGUUUUUUAAA